CGACUCAGCCCCUAUAUAGGACUGGAAGAGGCGGUCCCAGGUCCUCUUCUGACUGUGCCGCGGUCUCUGUCGCAAAGGCCAGGCCGAUCUCCAACUAUCGAUCAAAAUGCCUGAGGAAAUCCAGCAUGGUGAAGAGGAGGUGGAGACCUUUGCUUUCCAGGCAGAGAUUGCCCAGCUCAUGUCCCUGAUAAUCAACACAUUCUACUCCAAUAAGGAAAUCUUUCUGCGGGAGAUAAUUUCCAAUGCCUCUGAUGCACUGGACAAGAUCCGCUAUGAGAGUCUGACAGACCCUUCAAAGUUGGAAAGUGGCAAGGAGCUGAAGAUUGACAUCAUCCCCAAUCCUCAUGACCGUACCCUCACUCUGGUGGACACUGGCAUUGGAAUGACAAAAGCAGAUCUUAUCAACAAUCUGGGCACCAUUGCCAAGUCUGGCACUAAAGCUUUCAUGGAAGCCCUGCAGGCUGGUGCAGACAUCUCCAUGAUUGGGCAGUUUGGAGUUGGCUUUUAUUCUGCUUAUCUUGUGGCUGAGAAAGUUGUAGUCAUCACCAAGCACAACGACGAUGAACAGUAUGCUUGGGAGUCCUCCGCAGGGGGCUCUUUCACAGUUAGAGCUGAUCAUGGUGAACCCAUUGGUCGUGGCACCAAGGUGAUAUUGUACCUGAAGGAAGAUCAGACAGAGUACCUGGAGGAACGCCGUGUCAAGGAAGUGGUGAAGAAGCAUUCCCAGUUCAUUGGUUACCCCAUCACCCUCUAUCUGGAGAAGGAACGGGAGAAGGAGAUCAGCGAUGAUGAGGCAGAGGAGGAAAAAGCUGAGAAGGAGGACGAGGUAGCCCCCAAGGAUGAAGAGAAACCCAAAAUUGAAGAUGUGGGUUCAGAUGAGGAAGAAGAAGGUGGCAAGAGCAAGAAGAAGACAAAGAAGAUCAAGGAGAAGUACAUCGAUCAGGAAGAGCUGAACAAGACCAAGCCCAUCUGGACCCGAAACCCUGAUGACAUCACCCAGGAGGAGUAUGGCGAGUUCUACAAGAGCCUUACCAAUGAUUGGGAAGAUCACCUCGCUGUCAAGCAUUUCUCAGUGGAAGGACAGUUGGAAUUCCGGGCACUUCUGUUUAUCCCCCGCCGGGCCCCAUUUGACCUUUUUGAAAACAAGAAGAAAAAGAACAAUAUCAAGCUUUAUGUCCGGAGAGUCUUCAUUAUGGACAGCUGUGAUGAACUCAUCCCAGAGUACCUGAACUUCAUCCGUGGUGUUGUGGAUUCAGAGGACCUUCCCCUGAACAUCUCCCGUGAGAUGCUGCAGCAGAGCAAAAUUCUCAAAGUGAUUCGUAAAAACAUUGUCAAGAAAUGCCUGGAGCUUUUUGCUGAACUGGCAGAGGACAAGGAGAACUACAAGAAGUUCUACGAGGCCUUCUCCAAAAACCUCAAGCUGGGGAUUCAUGAGGACUCAACUAAUAGGAAGCGCCUGUCAGAGCUGUUACGCUAUCACACAUCCCACUCCGGCGAUGAGAUGACCUCCCUCUCAGAGUACGUGUCCCGUAUGAAGGACAACCAGAAGAGCAUCUACUACAUUACAGGUGAGAGCAAGGAGCAGGUGGCCAACUCUGCCUUUGUGGAGCGAGUGAGAAAACGUGGGUUUGAGGUGGUAUACAUGACAGAGCCCAUUGAUGAGUACAGCGUUCAGCAACUUAAAGAGUUUGAUGGAAAGACCCUGGUAUCUGUCACCAAGGAAGGACUGGAAUUGCCAGAGGAUGAAGACGAGAAAAAGAAGAUGGAGGAGAGCAAGGCCAAGUUUGAGAACCUUUGCAAACUCAUGAAGGAAAUCCUAGAGAAAAAGGUUGAGAAGGUAACUGUUUCAAACAGACUGGUCUCUUCCCCCUGCUGUAUUGUCACCAGCACCUAUGGCUGGACAGCCAACAUGGAACGUAUCAUGAAGGCCCAGGCUUUGCGAGACAACUCCACCAUGGGCUACAUGAUGGCCAAGAAGCACCUGGAGAUCAAUCCUGACCACCCCAUUGUAGAAACCUUGCGGCAGAAGGCUGAGGCAGACAAGAAUGACAAGGCUGUCAAGGACCUGGUGGUGCUUCUCUUUGAAACAGCUCUCCUUUCUUCUGGCUUCUCCUUGGAGGAUCCACAGACUCACUCCAACCGUAUCUAUAGGAUGAUCAAGCUGGGGUUAGGUAUUGAUGAAGAGGAAGUGGCUGCUGAGGAGCCUAGUGCUUCUGUUUCUGAAGAGAUCCCUCCGCUGGAAGGAGAUGAAGAUGCAUCCCGCAUGGAGGAAGUGGAUUAAAGAGAUGCUUUUCUUCCUUCUGUCCUGCCCCACCCUUCCCCUGCCCCACCUCCUUGCUCAGGAGGUCUGGCUCCUGCAGUGCUAAUGGGAUUCCUUGAUGUGGUUUCUCCCUACUCCCUUUAUCAUCAGUAGCCAGUCUGGCAAGGGGCCUCCACUGCCAUCGGGUCUGUCUUUCUGCUUGUUUAGAAACAGCUGUUAUAAGGGAAGGGGGGUUGGCACACCGACUCCACCUUUCCCCCCCAUGGUGGGCUUACCCUACUCUUGCUGGGUCCCCCCGUCAUCCAUCUCUCCCUCUCCCAAGCUGAGAUGAACAGAGCAAAUGUCCUUCCUAGUCACAGCAGUGAGUUGGCUCCUUGCAUCUAGCCCUUGCUGCUGUCCUUUGUGUUAAGAGAGCAGGGACUUAUAAUCUUGUUGGCUGUUUGUAUUUGGUUUUUGUUUUACUGGAAUUAAAAUAACAAAGAAUGUGGUUUACAAUGAA